AUGGAGGAUGCCGAUGGUGGCCGACGUCACAGCGCGAAAGCCAGCUUCUUGGCAAAAGUGCGCUCGAGCGUACUGGGCUACGGAACCGAUGGACUUUUGCUGCAGUUCGUCUACGACCUCUGGCUCUUCACAACCAUCGGCGGCGCGCGACAUUCCACCAGCGGCACCGUGAGGGAGGCACUGGCCUCGAAGCCUUACUCGCCGGAACUCUGGCGACAUUACCAUGCGGCUCUGGUGGAUGUGCAGAGACAGCUCGGCUUGCCGCAGGUCUUCAUCACCAUCGCACCGUAUGAGUGGAGCUUUCCGUAUCACGUGUGCCUAGAGGACGAGCUGCGGAAGUGUUUGUGCGAAAGGCUGUUUGCACCGACGGCGGAAACGCUGCAUCUCGCACACGUGCUCAGCCAGGCCGUGAAAGGACUGCUUACCGGAGCCAACGAGGGUGCCAAGGGCAGACAAGACAGUCACGUCUUUGCAGCCUGCGAUUCGGCUGGCGUGCGAGCGUGGGUGGCUCGCCUGGAAUUUCAAGAUGGCAAGCGGCAGCGACAUCAGUACCGUGAGCCGCAGGCCUAUCACGGACGCGGGGCGGUCCACGUGCACAUCCUGCUGUGGCUCAAGGACAUGGAGCAAAUGGACCUGGCCACACAGAUCAGGGCCGACAUACCGGGCGAGGGAGAGCCGCAGCUUCGAGACCUCGUGCUGGGCUCGCAAUUGGACUGGAGCUCCAGCGGAUGGCCGCUCAGAGAAGAGUCGACGCAAGUCUCUCCCAAGUACGGCUUGCUGGAGCUUCGGCAUCCGAAGGAUGCCUACGAUGCACACUGCUGCGCGUACAUGCCCGAUGUCCUGUCUGCGUUGCGGUGUCACGUGGACGUCAGAGCUUCCGAUGGUCGCACCCUGAUCCUGAAAUAUUGCGCCAGUUAUUUGCCGAAGUUCUCCAGUUCGUUUGCGCAGGAGAUGCUCAACGAUCAAGCCACCGGAUUCGCCCUCGCGAGACGCAUCCUGGCGGACUAUCAUCCCCUGCAGCCGGAGAUGGUCCUCCAGCUGGCAGCGCAGCAGCUUCCGCAGUUUCUGAGCUCGGCAGUCGUGCGCAAGUUUUGCGUGCCGGUACCCUGGCGGCAGGACGCCCCCAAGUGGGUGCGGGACUACAUGGCUUGCGGGUGGCGCCGACGCAGCACCUCCCUGCUUCAGUAUCUGCGUCUAGCCGGCUCAAAUGGACAGAUAGCUCAGUGCUAUCGUCGGUAUCACAGCGUGAACAAGCUGGAAACGCCGCUGGUGGACUGGAUCCGGACCUGUCCGAAUCUGGGGAAAAUAGCCGUGGCCUGUACCAUGUAUUCCUACGGCAACGAUGCCUAUUUCGGACAGUGGCUUCUCUUGCACGUGCCCUUCAAUGCAGUGGACGAUUUAUGGGACGAGCGAGCCGCCUCGCUGCCCCGCGAACUGCGCUAUCUCGGCCUGUGUCUCUUGCAUCGCCCAGAUUUCUGGAGGGAUCUUCGUAACCUCGCCGAGCAAAUGGAGUCGGAAGCUCGCACUUUCAUCUACAGCCAAAACGUGCUGGCGCUCGUGCGCGCGCGCAUCGAGCUCGUGGAUGCAUACCUGUCUGGUGAAUUGCAGCUGUCCACGGAUGCCAGGACUAAGCCGGAGGCCACGACCCAGAUAGACCGCACCGACUUCGCGCCAGACCAGGGCCUUGCCUACAUGACGGUGAUGCGCAAAGUCAUGCAGGCAGUGGAACAUCGAUGGCCCGAGGACGGCGACGAACGUUCCUGGGGCGCAUGGGUCACAGCGACGAGAGAAGGGGUCGUGGAGAGACCCACGGCCGUGCUCGGUCCGGCAGGAAGCGGAAAGAGCACUGCUGUCCAGGCUGCCGUUCGUGAGGCCGUGCGAGCGAGCGCUCGUGUCGGUGUGGCCUGUCCCACCGGGUUGCUUGCCACCCGCUACAAGGUCGAUAACCCGGAAUUGGACGUGGACACCGUGCACGGCAUGUUCGCGCUGCACAAGGCCGAGCAAAGCACGCUGGAAAUGAUGGUCGCCUACGACCUCAUCGUCAUAGACGAAAUCGGACAGGUGCCCCUCUGGAUCUUCGAACGCAUUCUGCGUCUUUGGGACGCGGCAGAUCGGCGACCUGCACUCGUGUUUGUUGGCGACUUCUGCCAGCUCCGGGGCCCGGAUGGCACCUUCGCGACACAGAGCGCACGAUGGUCCGAGGUGACGGUGCUUCGUCUGCACUCCAUGCGUCGCUGCAAGUGUGCUUCGCUUCGAUGGAAGCUGGAACUGCUGCGGGGGUACACGCCUACCCAGCCUCAGCUGAGAAAAAUUCUGGCACGACAUCGUGCAUAUGCCUCCAAUGGCCCGCCGUCGGCGGAAGCCAUCCAGAAAGUUUUGGGCAAGAGGCCCUCCACGCAGUUCGUCACCAUCACUCGACGAGGUUCUGCACACAUCAACGCCUUGGUCGUGAGAGUCCUCUUCCGAGAUCAAGAGCCACUUGGAGUGAUUGCGACCGAUCCCGAGGACAAUCCUGCCAACUUUCGUGGCACUGCCCGAGUCGGCGCCGAGCCCUUGAAGAUGCCAAUCUUCGAAGGAAUGCGAGUGACGCUUACCAAGAAUGAGGACAAGCAGCAGGGCUUCGUCAAUGGCAUGGGCGGACGGAUUAGGCGUCUGCGCACCAGCGGUGUGGAGGUCGUCCUCGACAACGGCAACAUCACCCUGGUGCAUCCGACGACUCAAGACUACGAGCUGGCGACGGGAGACUUCUGCAGGACUACUGCCCUGCCAUUGCGCCCGGGCUACAGUACGACGCUCCACAAAAUUCAAGGUGCCACCCUGGGUCGCAUCACCAUCUGGCUAGAUGUUCCCUUUGUACGAGGGGCUGCCUACGUGGCCUUGUCCCGGGUGCGGAAAGAUGCGGACUGGCAGUUCCUGGGCACCAUCUCCAGACGCGAAUGUCUGCCCGCGGAGUGUCCCUAG